UCUGAAGUAAGGCUGCUUGCUGGAUACCAUGCCAUGCCCGGGGGUUAGUGGUCCACCUCAGCCUCUCAAAUUGACUCACCUCUGAUGAAAUCCAGUACUUAAAGAAACAAGAGAUGUGGGGCUUUAGCUGAUAAUUCCGUCUCAGCUAGGGUGGCUGGUGAACUGACACAGCCCAGCGCAACGUCGCUUGGCACCGCUGCAACUUUCUUCAAAGCAAACUGUUGGUAAAAUCUUCUUGUUUCCCUCUGAUCGCAAGCUGGUGUGACAACUGGAAUGAUUUGCCUGUUGGAAGAAUGUUGACUCUAGAGUGGGAGUCGGAGGGACUGCAAACAGUGGGUAUUGUUGUGAUUAUAUUUGCAUCUCUGAAGCUGCUUCAUUUGCUGGGACUGAUUGAUUUUUCUGAAGAUACUGUAGAAGAUGAAAUGGAAAUGGCUACAGUACGGCAUAGACCUGAAGCUCUUGAACUGCUGGAAGCACAGAGUAAAUUCACAAAGAAGGAACUUCAGAUCUUAUAUAGAGGUUUCAAGAAUGAAUGUCCCAGUGGUGUUGUCAAUGAAGAGACCUUCAAAGAGAUUUACUCUCAGUUCUUUCCACAGGGAGAUUCCACAACUUAUGCACAUUUUCUGUUUAAUGCAUUUGACACUGAUCACAAUGGAUCUGUAAGUUUUGAGGAUUUUGUUAUGGGUCUCUCAAUUUUACUCCGAGGGACUGUACAAGAGAAACUGAACUGGGCUUUUAAUUUGUAUGAUAUAAAUAAGGAUGGAUACAUAACUAAAGAGGAAAUGCUUGAUAUCAUGAAAGCAAUAUAUGAUAUGAUGGGGAAAUGCACUUAUCCUGUUCUCAAGGAGGACACACCUAGACAACAUGUGGAAACAUUUUUUCAGAAAAUGGAUAAAAACAAAGAUGGAGUAGUUACCAUAGAUGAAUUCAUUGAGAGCUGCCAGAAGGAUGAGAAUAUAAUGCGGUCCAUGCAGCUCUUUGAAAAUGUGAUUUAAUGAAGGCAUUAGGUCAACAACUAAUGGACAAAUAUAAGCAAUUCUGCAACAUAAUCUAAAAGAUGGAUUUCCCACUUUACCAUAAAUAAAGUCACUCAGCUUUAUACUGAGACAUGCAAUAUGCAAA